AAUGGAACCACUCCUCCCUCGUCUUUAUCAACCAACAACUGUGUCUUGUGUUGUAAACUAAAUUGUUCUUUUGUAAUACUUUCUUUCUUUCAAAUUUCAACUCAAAAUAUUGAAAAUGGGCACAGCUACAUGCAUCGAUAUUAUUCUUGCCAUCAUCCUUCCACCUCUUGGUGUCUUCCUCAAGUUUGGCUGCAACGUCGAGUUUUGGAUAUGUUUGAUUCUCACCAUUUUGGGUUAUCUUCCUGGAAUUAUCUAUGCUAUCUAUGCUAUCACUAAGUGAUCCAUCAUCUUCCAAUAUAAGGUGGAUCAUGAAUAGUUUGUCAGGGGCGUCAUUCUAGUAUUUCAAUUCAGAUAUUGGUUUCAUGUAAAAUUGUUCAGUCAAGGACAAUAGUUGAUUCUUUUUUGUUUUUAUCUUUCGGUGUCAAUAUUCCUUUUUCUUUUCUUUUUUAGUCCUGCGUGGAAAUGAAAGAAAUGAAAGUGUGAAGCUUGUGAACUCUAGAAAUGGUUGUAGAUUUGAACUAUAGUAGUAGUCCAUCUCGGUAAUCUUGUUUGUAUAUCCUUGACUUUAAGAUAUUCAUUAAAUAUUUAUGUGUAUGUUUUGUUUCACUUCUAGAGGACUAUAAUUGAUCCUCGAGAUAUAUAAUUAAUGUUGACAUAUUUAUUGA